AUGCCGUUCCUUCACAACAAGACCUCGUCCUCGACGAGCUCUACCUCUGCUCCUGCGCCCUCUUCAACUCAAGAGUCCAAACUCUCUCUCCGCUCCCUUUUCAAUCGCAAGACGCGCGCUCCUCCUGGAACCCAGACGCACCCUCGAACUGCAUCAAGAACCCAUCAGGCAGCGGCAGCUACUCAGCAGCCCAAUUCCCGCCCAUCAUCCCAUCGCACCUCGUCAACAUCAACAGCCUCAACCUACCAACCAGUCCCACAAGCGGACAGUACCUGGGAAGACAUCGACCCCCCAGCAUUCUCACCAACGGCGCCAAGAACACCGACGUCACCAACCUUCUCCCAUUACUCAUACCAAGCCACGCAAAACACAUCAAGAAGCACGAUGGACGCACACAGUGUCUCUCCACCGCCAUCAUCAACGUCGGAAUCCAUCCUCCCAAGUUAUAACGACGUCAGCGGCGCCGUCGUCGUCGACUCCCACGGCUAUCCGCGCUUCCUGACGCCUCAGGAGGAACAGGAGCGCAAGGCCGUAUUGCAGCAGGCGGUUCGUGAACGGAUGAUGGGGUUGCCGCGCAGGACGGAUUUCAGUUGGGAGGCGUCGGCGAGGCCUAUUUUGCCGAGGUAUCAGCCUCCUGCUGUGGCUUCCAAGGAUUAG